AUGGAAGCAAUUGCAUGUGCAGACAAAUAUGAACAUACCAUAUCUGGUGUCAUGUAUAUAGAACAUAAUAUACCAGGCCCUGGAAUAAAUCUGGAAGAAUUUGAGUUAGAAUAUUCACUAGGUUGUUCAUGUACAAUUCAGUGUUCUGAUUGUUCAUGUACACGUGGUUCUCCAAAUUAUAUUAAUGGUCGAAUAUUAGAUGAAACAUUAUCAAAACCAAUAAUCGAAUGUAAUUCUCAUUGUACUUGCAAAGAAAAUUGCGAUAAUAGAGUGGUACAAAAUGGUCCAUUAGAUAGUCUAUUUGUAUCAGAAAUUGAUGGAAAAGGACAUGGUUUAUUUACAACUAAAUAUAUUAAGAAAGGUCAGUUUAUUUGUGAAUAUGCUGGGGAAGUAGUAAGUAUUGAAGAAGCAAGACGUAGAGUCGAAAUGAAUAAAAAUAGUAUGAAUUAUGUACUUGUGGUUUCUGAGCAUAUUGGUGAUCAAAUAAUAGUAACAUGUAUAGAUCCCAAACAUUUUGGUAAUAUUGGACGAUAUUCUAACCACAGUUGUGAGCCAAACACGAAUCUUGUACCUAUUAGAGUUGAAGGACCUGUACCUCGAUUAUGUUUAUUUGCAUCUAGAGAUAUAAAAAUUGAUGAAGAGAUAACUUUCAAUUAUGCUGGAGGAAUUACUAAUUCUAUUCAUAAUUUCAGUCAUACAAUCUGUCUUUGUGGCUCUACCAAUUGUCAAGGCUAUUUGCCUCAUAAUCCUAUUUAA